AUGCGUCAUUUCCACCUGAAGGACGUUAAAACGGGUGUAAAACAUCCCACAAACGCACACCGAAUGAGAGACCCGAGCGAUCAGAAGAUCGUAGACGCUUAUCCCUGUUUAACUUCUCAAAUCUCUUCUCUUUGUUCCACUAACAGCGCCGGUCCCAAAGGAGACAACAUCUAUGAAUGGAGGUCAACUAUUUUAGGACCACCGGGCUCUGUGUAUGAAGGAGGGGUAUUUUUCCUUGACAUUGCAUUUACACCUGACUACCCAUUUAAACCACCCAAGGUAACGUUUCGUACGAGGAUCUACCACUGUAACAUCAACAGUCAGGGUGUGAUCUGUCUGGACAUCCUGAAGGACAACUGGAGUCCUGCCCUCACCAUCUCUAAGGUGCUGCUGUCCAUCUGCUCUCUCCUCACAGACUGUAACCCAGCGGAUCCUCUGGUCGGGAGCAUCGCCACACAGUACUUGACCAACAGAACGGAACAUGACAGAAUAGCUAAACAGUGGACGAAGAGAUACGCCACAUAAAGCGGGCCGUACAGUAUCGACACAAACACACACUAUAUCCCCCCUCAGCCCUGCUGUGCCUCUACCUCUCCCCGUCUGCUGAAAGCACACUCACCAAGUGCAACAAUAGAUCUGGCCCCUCUUCCUUCCAACUUCCUGUAGACCUUUCUGUGAAGAAACUGUCCUUUGUUCCUUGUUGACUUGAAAGCUUCUUUUUAUACAAAGAGUAGAUUGGGACUUUAUUUUCCAAUUAUCUGAAUGUUUGAAUUACCUUAGGAGAAAAGGAAUACUAUUGUUAUUAUUAUUAUUAUUAUUAUUGUUGUCCUUCAACUUAAUGUAUGUAUAUCCUUUCUUUUUAAGUGACAUCAGGAACAACUACAGCUUAUGAACUACUUUGUUUUUCUCAUCACCGUAUAGUGUAUUUCUUUAUUUUCUCCUCUCUCUCCUCAGUCGGUAAGAUUUCCAUGCAUGUAACCGGAUGACGAAUCGCAUCCUUUCAACUCCAAACUCGGCCCUCUUGUUUUGUUUGUAUGUAUUUUUUAAACUUAAAGUCAUGGCGGCCAGUCGACGAUAGGCUUGCUUGUGAAUAAAAAAAAAAAAAACGAUGUGUACAUAUUGCUACAUGCCACCUCUGGCCAGAAUGGACUGUUGUGCACUUGCUUCAUGAAAAACACCAUAAAUAAACACUGUGGCUGAAUUGUCA